UGGUGGUUCUAGGACCUCGAGGACGUGGAGCGCGUCGACGCUGCUGCAGAGGGGAGUUGCUCCUACCCGGAGAGGCUGUUUACGAGCGAGGAGGCACGCAUAGCUGGCUUUACGAAAACAAGUACAGCAGAACAGCUCGGGAAGCAGUGGGAACAGGACGCACCCACCACAGGGCGCUACACACGGGAAAAAAGGGUUUUUUAAAACACAUUUCACGUUGAUUCAACAUGAAUUGCAACUGUUUAACGGGCAUUUGGGAAUUUAAAAUGAUCCGUCGCUUGCACUUUGUUGUUUUGUUGAGCGCUGGUUUGGUGAAUUGCUCGUCUUUUAUUCAAGAGUGCCUAACUUCCAGUGGUGUGGAGUACCGGGGCACUCAACAGAAAUCCUCUUCGGGGAACAUUUGUCUCAACUGGAACAACGUAAGCAGGGACUAUGACGUCACGAGUCACGCAGACUCCGACUCGGGGGUUGGGGACCACAUCUUCUGUCGCAACCCCGAUGGCUCAGAUAGACCCUGGUGCUAUGUUUCCACAACAGAUGGACGAACCCUGAGAGAGGCGUGUGCCAUUGACCCAUGCCAAGACCAAGCUAUCACAGUAACCUCUCUGGCCGGGCCUGACCCUUCACCCCGGUCCUCCUCUGAGGCCUUUGAGUUGGCCAAGCCCCCCUCUGUACGGGCAGAGGACGCAGUGGUGCAGCCAGUGAUGGGCGUCAGCCAGCGGGUCAGGUUCGCUCCCAAGAAGAAGAAAGACCUCGGGACUAUGGGUUACGUUCUGGCCGUUCUCAUGAUGGCCAUCAUCAUCUUAUUGGGAGUGGGAAUCACAGUGGGCUACUUCUACAAACGGGGUCGUGACCUGAAGAAGAAGCAUGAACAGCGCGCGUACGAGCGCGAGAUGCACCGCAUCACCCUUCCGCUGUCCGCCUUCGCCAACCCCACCUGCGAGUUGGUGGACGAAAACGCCGUGGUGGUUGUGGCCGAGUCUGGCGAGCAGACGCCCGGGCAGGGCACAGUCGAGGGCGGCGGCGAGCCGCUAAUCGGCCCCGCCGGAACACCUGGGGCCUGAGAGCUCGGCAGCCACGGCCUGUGAUGUAGCUCAGAUCUUGAUGGACCAAUAACCCACCCCAUGCCCUCUGGGUCUCUCUUCUGGUCUCACAAGCCCUUUCCGUGAAUGUCUACAGCGAGAGGGAGACGGGAGGCGCCCCACAAGUGAAUAACGCUCUCGUCACCUCAGCAGCGAACCACGAGAACGCAUGAACACUUUAAAAUAUGUAACGGGGACUGUUUUAAAAAGCAACACGUUUCAGCAUUUUUGAGUGUUCUCCCCAGCUGAGCUUCCAAAACGGGGCUUGACCCUCGACCAGAGUUCAUGUGCAGACUGUAGCACAAUGGGCUAUUAAUGUGAGAGGCCAUGUCAUAACGGCGCUAAACCGAAGCGGGAAAAGCCCCACAGUUUUCCCGUUUUCUGCUGCCAUUUGUGUCCGGGUCCACUGGGAGGGAAGAGAGCGGGGGGCCAAGGGGACCCUCUGUGUGAGAGGCCGGGCCUGCUGGGACUCCUGACCCUGGGCUACUCGGCUGUACUGCUUCCCGUCGGAAGCCCUGGGGGUCAGCUAGUGAUUCUACGCCUCGCGCUGCCACUGGCAUUAGUUGGGCACCUUUUUAGAAACCCACUUCUAAUGUCGGGCAUCGACGGUAGUGUUCAAGAGCGGGGUUUAUUUUGUUCCUGAGAGCAGGAAGAAUGGAAUAAUGGCAGUUUCCCCAAACAUUGCCAGAGUAGUGUUGAAUGUGUUGCCGUUUUGGAAUCCCGUGUAAAAGCUGUUGAAGGACUCUUGUUUUGCGUCUGGAUGGAGGGAAAUCUUUGCGACAGCCAGCUAGGCAGGCAGGGCAGGGGUCGCUUGAGCCAUGAGAAGACGCACACAUGCAGCUCCAUCUCUGGACCACUUUCAUGUGAAACCAAGCCCUGAACAGAGCAUUCAUCAGUAAUGUCUAGGCAGAAAAGUAUUGCUUGGUAUUCACAGUCUGAAAAGUCCAAAUUAAUUUUAGCAAAUCCAUUUUAUAUGACCCAGACCCAAAGAAGAAAUAAGCCUGUAAUCUUGGAACCAGCUGACAUUUUACAUUAGGGAAUUUUAUCAAACUUUGAUUGAAUGCUGCAUCUUCCAUUAGGGAGGUAUAAUGUGAUAACUGGGGUUUUCAUUUUGCUAUUCUGUUUUCUGUACUUGAUAUGUUACACCUGCAGCUUUUUAGGGCUGUGACUGGCAAAUAAUAAUAAACAUCCUUCCUGUGUU